ACGGAGGGCGCGGUGGCUGUGGUGGCAGCAACGGCGGGCCAGGUCCGCUGGCCCCCUCCGAGUGCUACUUCCCCGCCCACAGCUGCGAUUCCGCACCUGGAAGCCGUGAGGGCAGGUGGGGAGACUCCUCCAUCUCCGCUGGGUCCCCGUCUCCUUCCAGUCUGACCAUUAAGACAUUGCGAGCAUCUCCGCCCCACCCCCCACCGGCCCUGGAGGUCGCUUUCCCUAAAAUGGGCCUGACGUCCUCCAUCGGGAGCUGUUCCUGGGCCUUUGGGGGCCCCUGGAGGGGUUCUCAGAAGCCCACCCCGCCUCUUCGCCGAGGAAACAGCGCGCGAGGGCGAUCUUUUGAUCUGACCAGAAAAUUAACCCGUCUCUCUCUGCCUUGCAGUGCGUUGCUGACUUGCCAUUCCAGAUCUUCUGCGCACAGAGGGCAGGAUCUGAAUGUCCUUCAGGUAUUUCUUACUAGCUAAGCAACACAAUGGAAACCCCAGCGAAAGCAAGUAAAAAGGAUACCCACGAUGGGCUGCCGAAAGAAGAGAGACUGUCUAUCAGUGAAGCACUUCUGCACUAUCACUUGCAAAUAAAGGAGAAUGUAGUAGAACGAUUGAUGGUGCAGAUAAAGAAUCUUAGAGAAAAGAACCAAAAGUCUCAUGACAGAAAUGGACGCUUAAAGGAUGAACAGAUUUGGCACAUACGGAACCUAAUAAAGGAACUGAGUGAAGAGAAGUCGGAAGGAUUAAAAGUAACAAGAGAGGAUGUCGAAACAGCAAUGAAAGAGAAGUGGAAGUUUGAAAGAGACCAGGAACAAAACUUAAAAGAUAUGCGCUUGCAAAUAAGUAAUGCUGAGAAAUUAUUUCUUGAGAAACUCAGUGAGAAGGAAUAUUGGGAAGAGUACAAGAAUGUAGGGAGUGCACAACAUGCUAAACUCAUUAUCUCCUUACAAAAUGACAUCAAUAAAGUGAAAGAGAAUGCGGAGAAAAUGUCAGAACAGUAUAAAAUCACUCUAGAAGAUGCUAGAAAAAGAAUAAUCAGAGACACUUUGUUGCAACUGGACCAAAAGAAGGAAUGGGCCACAGAGAAUGCCGUGCGGUUCAUCGACAAGGGCAGCUACCGGGAGAUCUGGGAGAACGACUGGCUAAAAAAAGAGAUUGCAAUCCAUAGGAAGGAAGUUGAUGUAUUGGAAAAAGCUAUUCAAGAACUGGAAGAAGAAAAUUUGGAGCUCAUUGAUCAACUAUUCAACUGUAGACUUGUGGAUCUCAAAAUACCCAGGCAACUAUAUCUUACCCAAGCUGCUGGACACGAAAUGGCACCUGUACAAAAGCCUUUGGAGUUGUCAGAAACAAAUAUAGAAAAGUCAAAACUGGAAUCCAUAGAAGAAACAAGUAGCAAUAAGAUGAGCUCAUCAGUUGCGUUUGGCGCUUUACCCAUUAGUCAUGAGGAUAAUAUCAGAUAUGACCAGCAGCAGAGCACAAGUAGUGAGAGCUCAUCCAUAGACUUUGGAACCUCUGACAUGAAAUACUUACUCUAUGAGGAUGAGAAGGAUUUCAAGGAUUAUGUAAACUUGGGCCCCCUGGAAGUGAAACUCAUGCGUGUGGAGAGCAAGAAAAUGCAGAUUCAUUUUCAAGAGAAGCCGAUUACAGACAAAUUAUUUGAAGAGGUCAAGGGCCCACAAGUCCACGUCACAUACAGAAUGAUGAGGUCUUUUCUCUAAGACUGAACGCUGCAAAGUAAAAACAGUUUUUCCUUAUAAAUUUUAUUUGGGAACUAAAAUAGAAAAGCUGCCCACUUUAUUUAUACUUUGGUCCAUUUUUAAACAAGUUGUUAUUUCUAAAGAUCAUUCCAAGAUUCAGCUAUCCAUUUACCUGCAUAGCAUGAGUAACAAAAAUGAAAGUACUAGAUAUAUUUUUAUAUUCAAGUAAUCAGAAGCAUGUCAGUGAGCCCAAGAUGGUCUCUGAGGUUCCCUACCACUUAAACAUUCCCUGAUUAAUCUAUGAUUCCAAAAUGAAAUAGUUCAAGUAGGAAUUUCUCUAAGAAAAAUUUAGAGGUUUGCAUAGCACUGACUACACAUCUUUCUCUCUGAGGAUGCUAAAUGGUAGCUAGCCAUUCCACAGUUCAAGCCUACUCUUCUUUAACCUUACAUUAUUUAUAAUGAAUAUAAAACAUUUCACAAAUAAAUUUGAGGGUAGUAAUUUGUUGUAUCAAAACGUUCCACCAAUAGGGAAAUCCCUCUUACAUUAGCUAUAUCAAGUCUAAAUGGCCUUGAGUUCCUGUCCAAGGCCAUUACCACUUCCCUCUUAUGGGUACCACAAACCAAGGCAACUAUGACUGGGCCUGAAUUUGACACCAGCAUUUUAUUUAAAGUCAAGAUCUACUUAUAAAGCUUUCUACAAGAAACAACUUAUAAGGCCACAGAUAGAUUGAAAGUUAAUAUACCAUGCAAACAUUAACAGAAAAGAAGGUGGUGUGAUUAACUAUAAAGAUGUGAAGGUAAGAAUUGUGAAGAGAAAUAAAGAAAAAAUGAAGAGCAAUU